GUCACAUUGACGGGUUCAGGCUCCCACGAAAAAUGACAUUCAUAACAGAUAUGGCAGCUGGACUUCUCUUGUUGGUUAUCCUCCUUUUCUUCCUCCCUCAGCCCAGUCUGACAGGGAUUCCUACACUCAUCAGAGAGAGACACUCAGUUCAGAUGACGGUUGACACUCCUCCACCUGUCUCUGUGUCUCACUAUCCAUCAACACACAGUGACCCUGUUUCUUUGAGGAUUCUGGGUGAACUACAGAAACCAGAGAUAAAUAUAAAUGACGAGUCUUCUGAUGUCAUCUCUAUUACCUGUGUUCUACCUGAGUCUGCCAGUGAUGGUAGCACAUGUCACCUAUACACUGGAGACCAGCCUCAUCCUUACAAAGAGACUCAGGCCAGAAGGAUGAGGACAUCAUCAUCCACUCAGGUGAUCUGCAUAUUCAGUGUGUCUAAGAGUGACCUGUUCAGAGGUCUGAAGGUGAGGAGAGAUGUGAGCUGUGACUACAGAGAGAACAUAGACUCCCACUCUGUCUCCCCACGCAGUGAUGGAUACAACUUCACAGUUCAGAAACCACUGAUUUCUUCCAGUCAUAAUGAGGAGAAGAUCUUCAUCACCUGUGAGAUUCCUGGACACGCUGGUAAUGACACAACCUGUAACCUGUAUGUUGGAGACCAGAGUCAUCGUAUCCUGAAGACAAAGAUCUGGAGAAAAAAAUCAUCCAGUUCAAAUCUAUGGUUCUGUCAGUUCACUGUGACUGAAGAUGAUCUGAUCAGACAUCUACAGUCAGUAGGGAGUCAGAAGGUGAGCUGUGACUACAGAGUGAGUUCAGGACGAAACUCUCUCUCUCCACGUAGUGACGGGUACAUUAUAACAAAUCUACUGGGAGAUCUUAUGAUCAGUGAUCCAACGACUAAACAGACAUCCUUUACAGCAGAAUUAAUUCACUUUCCAGCAGGUUCAACUGUUAGUACUGUUAGUACUGUUAGUACCCACAAAGCCCCAGUGAGACCAACUAGCAAUUUGCUAACUAAUACUGCUUUGAUCCCCAAAACCCCACUGAGGCCAACUACCAGUUCAACCUCUUCUUUGACCCCCAUGGCAACUACAUCAGAACCUGACAUUUUAACAGGUUCGACUGUUAGUUCUCAUUUGACAUCCAAAAUCUCUGUGAGACCCAUUACCAGUUCAACCACUGCUUCUAGCACCCUGGCAACUUCAUCAGUUCCUGCUGAAGAGAACGAACAGUCAACUGGAAAUGGCAAUUCUGGUAUAUACCACAUGUACUGCUCAGUCCCUGAUCGACCAGCAACUUCAGCCCAGACAGUUGGGCUGUAGAGUCUUCUGCAGACACACUGAAACUACACCACUGGUUUUCUGUUGCUACAUUUAAAAGGUCUCAAACAAAUAGCCUAUUUUUAACAUAAUGUCUUUAGUUCACAUCACUUUACUUGAAAUUAUCACUGACACCUGACUUUUGUUACAUAUCCAUAAUAUCUAUUUUGGUGUUUAAGUAAUUCGGGACAUAUUCUUUUUGUAUUUGUUUCUUCUUUUGCCCCUAGUAAAUUAUGUUAAAUCUGCAGUAUUAAUGUUUAUUGUCAGCUGUGUGAGGAGUUUUUCCAUAGUGCUCUGAUUCAGUUUCCAAUAUUUAUUCCAGUAUUUGGAGUAAAAAUUUAUAUCAAUUGAUGCCUUUAUUGUAUACUCACACAUUAUGCAACAUGCAUAUUGGAUAUCAAGUUACUUUAAUUAACAUUAAUUAGUAAUGGAUCCAAACAGAAUUUCAUCCGAUAAAUGUAAUUAAUUCAACAAUAUGCAUUCUAAAUGUAAUGUGGUGUUGUAAGGGACAGGUCUGGAAACAAACGAAAGCCAGUGGUAAAAGUAGGGUGACUGGUAGGAAACCGGUGUGCCUAAUUGUCUGGUGAUCAUGGGAAGGGCGUUGGAUAGUGAGUGUCCGGGGAGCUGAUGACAGAACAGGGCAUUGGGUUGGGAGUGACGGGGUGGCCGGUGAUUAGAAGACCGGGGAGGUUGAUCUCCUCAGCGGGGGAGGAGUCAUCGUGGGUGACCCAGAUGUGGCAGUAAGCUACUGUACUCUGAUUAAAGGUGUAUAUACUUCUGGUUAGGCCCAAACUGUAUUUCAUGGUACUGUACUUGUUCAAUGACAAUAAAGCUGAAUCUAAUCUAAUCAACCUGACAUGUGGUGGAGAGAUAAUUAUGUAUGAAAGUGUGAAUAUGUUCACUCAUUUAAUUUUUUAUAUUUAUUAUAGCAAUUUGUCACAUCCUAAAGUUAAUCUUUGUACUGAAAUUAUUUUAAAUACUAUAUAUUAGAUUAUAUAUGAACUCAAAUAUUUAAAAUAAUUGUUCUCCCUUCCUUAAUGCCAAAAAUCCUCAUGAUCUCUGAACAACCCUUGCUCCUCCUUCCCUUGUUAUUUUGACAUUUUAAGUCAUUUUAAAUUUCAAACUCUUAUCCCCACACACACACCGUUCAGGAAGUUACUGUAUAUUAUGUGAUUGCAUUUACUCCAGUUUUCACAUUUUCUAAGUCACAUGUAGAUGAAAUCAUAUUGUAAAAUGUAUUUUCAUUAAUUCUACUGAAACUAUUCUUUGUAUUGACAUUGCCAUUUAGGUUUGUAUGGAAUUUAGCCCACUGAAAUAAAACAUCUGUUUGUCUUUAAACGUG